CUUGCAAGCUACAUAAUUAACAGCGAACGUCUCGCCACGCCGAUCUACCCCAACGACGCCAACACAAUCGUCUCUCUCCUCGAUCUCAAUCCCUCUCGCCCCGGCGAAGACGACCAAGACGAUGCAUCUCCUCCCUUCGAGAUAUUCGAAGCCGGCACCGGCAUGGGCAGCCUCACUCUCCACAUCGCCCGCGCCAUACACGCCGCAAACCCGCCUCUGCCGGCCGCUCUUCGACAAAUCCUCAUCGCUUCCCCCUUCAAGUCUCGCUAUGACUUCGCCACUUCGAGGGGAUGCCUCGAAAUCUCCCCCGAAGAACAGGCCACGCUCGAUGCAUACGCUUCUUCCCGUCGCGCGGUAAUACACACUCUCGAUCGCAACUCGAAGCAUGCUCGCGCUGCGUACAAGCUCGUUCGCAACUUUCGCCGUGCGCAGUACUUGCCUUCUGUCGACUUCCACGUCACCUCCAUAGAUGAGUUUAUAAGUCAGCGACUUGAGCAAACAGGCGGACAGCCUUUUCUCUCCCGCGCCAUUCUCGAUCUCCCGUCGGCGCACGAAAACGCCCAGCGUGUAAUUGAAGCUUUGCAGCCCAAUGGCUUGCUCAUCCUCUUCAAGCCUUCCAUCAGCCAAAUUGCCGAUUUCCAAGCUUGGUCCAAUGAGACAAAGCAGCCAGUGCGCAUGGAAAAAGUCAUUGAACUCUAUUCUACUACUGCCUCCGACGGCGGCGUGCACGACAGCUCUGGUGGAAGACACUGGGAUGUAAAAACUGUAGUGCCGAGAGCGCAGCAGGGAGAAGGCGGCAACAAUAAGCCGGUACAGGUGAUGCGGCCAAGAGUAGGCGAGCGUGUUGCUGGAGGAGGCUUCGUGGCUGUACUGCGGCGAUGGCCUGUGUCUGAGGUGCCAGUCCAAGAAGCCUCUGAAGAGCCAGAGGUCCAAGAGUGA